CAGCUGCAGCACAGAUUUUGAGAUUGGGACCGAGAAAGACUUGUCCAUUCUAAACCAGAAAUGCUCUGAAGAAGUAAAAACCCCAGAAGUGAUAUCAAGAAGAUUCUCGGGGUGCAAUCCACAGGCACCUGUGUUGCAGGGAGUUUGGGAACCUGAGGAUAAAGUAGGACACAUGUGGGAUUCUGUUGGGCAGAGUUUCAAGAAACUUCAUCUUCACAAGAGAGUUUUUAGGAAAGAAACUGCCAUGUGCAGGGAAAGGUCUCCAGGAGGAGGAACCCAGGAAGGUGGUACCUUUGAUGGAAACUUGAAUCUGAAUCAAAAUGCUGUUAGACUUCAAAGAAAUAAAACAGGAGAGAGAGCUUUUAAAUGUGAAAUAUGCAGCAAAACCUUCAGAUACAAUUCAGACCUAACUAGACAUCAGAGAAGUCACACUGGGGAAAAACCUUACAAAUGCGGUCAGUGUGGGCGAGCCUUUGCUCUCAGCUCAGGCCUAAUUCUGCACCACCAGGUUCACACUGGAAGUAAACCAUUUAAAUGUAAUGAAUGUGGGAAGACUUUUCGUCUCAAUUCCCACCUAGUUCUCCAUCAGAGACUUCAUACUGGAGAAAAACCUUUCAGUUGUAGUGAAUGUGGGAAGGCCUUCAGUCGUAGUUCAAGUCUUAUUCAACAUCGAGUCAUUCACACAGGAGAGAAACCAUACAAAUGCAAUGAAUGUGGAAAAGGCUUCAGCCAGAGCCCGCAGUUAACACAGCAUCAGAGAAUACACACUGGCGAGAGACCACACGGGUGUGAUCAGUGUGGGAAGGCCUUCAGUCGAAGUUCAAGCCUUAUUCAGCACCAGAGGAUCCACACUGGAGAGAAGCCCCAUGUAUGUGACCAGUGUGGGAAGGCCUUCAGUCAGAGCUCAAGCCUUUUUCUCCAUCACAGGGUGCACACUGGAGAGAAGCCCUAUGUUUGUAAUGAGUGUGGCAAAGCCUUUGGUUUUAACUCUCACCUCACUGAACAUGUAAGGAUCCACACGGGAGAGAAGCCCUAUAUUUGUAAUGAGUGCGGCAAAGCCUUUAGCCGGAGUUCAACUCUUGUUCAGCAUCGAAGGGUUCACACUGGGGAGAAGCCUUACCAGUGCAUUGAAUGUGGGAAAGCCUUCAGUCAGAGCUCACAACUUGCCCUACACCGAAGAGUUCAUACUGGAGAAAAGCCCUAUGAGUGUGGUUUGUGGAAAAGCCUUCAGCAGGAGGUCAACCCUCACUCAACAUCAGAGAGUUCAUACUGGAGGGAGCUCUCAUGCAUACAGAAAGUGUGGUUCAGCCUUUGUUCCUGGCUCCAGCCUUAGGCCACAUGGACAAAUGCCCACUGGAGAGAAACACUCUGUGUGUGAUGGACACAACAGAGCCUUCAGUCGUGGCACAAACCUUGUUCUGCAUUGGGCAAUUCACAAACGUUUCAUGUUUUCAGAAUCAGUCACUGUGUAGCCUUUUGAAUCUGGCUUCUUUGAUUUAACUACAGAUUCAUCGUGAUGUUGUGUGUGCCAGUAGUUCCUCCCUUUUUACUGCCCAGUAGCAUCCAUUGUACGGAGGAGGCAGUUUGUUGACCCAUUCCCCACUGAAGAGUAUUUGGGUUGCUCUGUCUGGAGCAAGUAUGAAUAAAGCUGCUAUAAGCAUUUAUGACAGGC